AUGAAUCUUUUUAUUUAUGUCCUGCUUUUGGUUAUUUGGACAAAUAGUUGUUUAGAUACGAACCAAAGUUAUGGAUCUCCUACCACAGGACCCAAACACGUCGAAUCAAUGGACGCCAAACUGGACAGCUUCAGGAGACGUCUACUGGUUAUCACAAUUGGUAUUAUGAUUAUAGCUUUCGUAUUCACCUGUUUUUGUUUCAUCCAUUACAACUGUCUGAGCGACGACGCGCCCAAGGCAGAAACGCUCAAGAAAGGUGUGCCAGCCAAGUUGUCCACACCACCAUCCAAAAUGUCAUUCAGCGAAUCCAAGACAGCCAGCCCAUGCAGUCUAGAAAACCAAUCCCUGCUGUCUGGUAUAGACAAGUUAUCUAGUGUCUCAUGUCCGGAAAAGUCCUCCAUAUCAUCCAGCACAAAAAAGUCCGUCGGGCCCUCGAGUCUAGAAGAGCUGUGUGUGUCCUCUAGUACACAAAAGUUCAACAAUCCGUCAAGUCAAAGGAAGAAAAGUCCACCGUGCUCAGUAAAAAAAUUCAACUCAUCGCACCUGGAGAAGCCAUAUCGAACACUCAAUCUGGGAAAGCCAUAUAAGCCAGCUCAUGCCCAUAAGCUAGUUGGUCAGGCCACUUCAUCCUACCGAAAUAAGGCAGCGAGGCCACCCCGGCCGGCCGGUCUGCAAUACGCAGUCAGGCCAACCAAGCCACUUUGUCCACCCCACCCGCAAAGUCGCAUCUCGCCACCCAAGCGAUCCAGUGUGCAGAAACCAACCAAGUCCCCUAGACAUCGUAAACUCAAAGGGUCAGUUUGUGCCCGUAGCGCAGACAUGUUAUCGAGGCCUCAGUUAAUCAAGCCUUGCCGGCGCUAUAAGGAAAGAUGUCUCGUCUGCCAAAGUUCUGAGUCUUUGAUCAGUAAUAUUUCUGAGGCACAGAAUAGAAAUGCUCAAAACCCACUUUGUCCAAGUGAAGCGAAGCCUUGCGCCCAGUCCUUUCUCAAGGCAGAUUACAGAGACCACGUAUUCCGUGGCAACGUGAGCUACAGUGAUACUACGACAUAUGACAGUAAUGACAGUGAUAGGGAGGUAACCAUUAUUUGCAACAUGAAACACGAGGCCACCCCUGAACGCAUCCAAGAUAAUUAA